UUAAAACAGCUUGCCAUACUCCUCCCACUCUGUGUAGUUGUGACAGAGGCAGAAAGGUUGCCACGUCAUCCGCCGCUUCGUCAGUCGUCGACACACGAAUACAAAGAUGGCUGCCUCCAUCAGGGAAAAACAGACAGCUGCCCUGAAGCGGAUGUUGAAUUUCAAUGCCCCUCCAAUGAAAAACACCGCAGCUGAGCCAGUGUGGAAGGUACUAAUCUACGACAGGUUUGGCCAAGACAUUAUCUCUCCUUUGCUGGCUGUCAAAGAGUUGCGAGACAUGGGCAUAACUUUACACCUACUACUCCAUUCAGAUCGAGAUCCUAUCCCAGAUGUCCCUGCCAUCUACUUUGUGUUGCCCACAGAUGAGAAUAUCCAGAGGAUAUGCCAGGACCUUCGGAACCAGAUGUACGAGUCUUACUACCUAAAUUUCAUCUCUGCAAUUUCCAGAAGCAAACUGGAAGACAUUGCCAGUUCAGCUCUAGGAGCCAAUGCUGUGAACCAAGUCACUAAGGUGUUUGAUCAGUACUUGAACUUCAUCACGCUGGAGGAUGAUAUGUUUGUCUUGUGCAACCAAAACAAAGAACUAAUUUCCUACCAUGCAAUUAAUAAGCCUGACAUCAUGGACACAGACAUGGAGAUCAUCAUGGACACAAUAGUGGACAGUCUCUUCUGCUUCUUUGUCACUCUGGGUGCCGUGCCCAUAAUCCGCUGUCCGAGAGGGAACGCGGCUGAGAUGGUGGCUGUGAAACUGGACAAGAAGUUGCGGGAGAACUUGAGGGAUGCCCGGAACAGCCUGUUCACCGGUGAUACCAUGGGAGCCGGCCAGUUCAGCUUUCAGAGGCCACUGUUUGUCCUCGCUGAUCGCAACCUGGACCUGGCAACUCCUCUCCACCACACAUGGACAUACCAGGCUCUGAUCCAUGAUGUACUGGACUUCCACCUGAACAGAGUGAGCAUGGAGGAGUCCGCUGGGCAUGAGGCCUCGCCCGCUGGAGCACGGCCCAAGAAAAAGAACAAGAAGAGUUAUGAUCUCACUGCUGCAGACAGGUUCUGGCAGAAACACAAGGGCAGUCCUUUCCCUGAGGUGGCAGAGUCGGUGCAGCAGGAGCUGGACACGUACAGGGCCCAGGAGGAUGAGGUCAAACGGCUCAAGAGCAUCAUGGGGCUAGAGGGGGAAGAUGAGGGAGCCAUUAGCAUGUUGUCAGAUAAUACAGCAAAAUUGACCUCUGCUGUCAGCUCGCUGCCAGAGCUGCUGGAGAAGAAGAGAUUGAUCGACCUCCACACUAACGUAGCAACGGCUGUACUGGACCAUAUCAAGACCCGAAAGCUUGACGUUUACUUUGAGUAUGAAGAGAAGCUCAUGAGCAAGUCGACCCUGGACAAGUCAUUACUUGAUAUGAUCAGCGACCCAGACGCUGGGACGCCAGAGGACAAGAUGAGGCUGUUCCUAAUAUAUUACAUCACAUCCCAGCAGCCCCCCCCAGAGGCUGAUCUGGAGCAGUAUAAGAAGGCUCUUUUGGAUGCUGGGUGUGACCUCUCACCCUUGAACUACAUUAAACAGUGGAAGGCUUUCACCAAGAUGGCAGCAACUCCAGCUAACUACGGCAACAGUGGGGUCAAACCGAUGGGCCUCUUCUCCAGAGUGAUGAACACAGGCUCCCAGUUUGUGAUGGAAGGGGUGAAGAACCUGGUGAUCAAGCAGCAUAAUCUGCCUGUGACUCGCAUCCUGGAUAACCUCAUGGAAAUGAAAUCCAAUCCGGAGACUGAUGACUACAGGUAUUUUGAUCCAAAGAUGCUGCGUGGCAGUGAGAGCUCCAUCCCCAGGAACAAGAACCCCUUUCAGGAGGCCAUUGUGUUUGUGGUUGGAGGAGGAAAUUACAUUGAGUAUCAGAACCUUGUUGAUUACACAAAGGCCAAGCAGGGAAAACGAGUCCUGUAUGGCUGCAGUGAGCUCUUCAAUGCUUCCCAGUUCACCAAACAGCUUUCCCAGCUUGGCCAAAAGUAAAUUCAAGAACAUCUUUUUUGUUUUCUUUUUGAAUACUGAACUACAAUCAAGACCAUAGCUAACAAAGUGUCCCAUGCUAUCUUUCCAGCUCCUACGUUCCUAAUAUCCCAUAUAUUUGAUAGUGUUUACUAAUCUAGUAAGCAGGUUUAUUUCCAUCACUGUACGCAAGUCAUAAAUAAAGUUUAACAGUCUUACAUAAAAUUGUGUUGUCUUUUGGCAAUAUCUUUAAUUAACCAAAAUUAUCCUAGACUGUGUUUCUUUUCAGUUCAUGUUUAUUAUUUGUGUACUUUUUCCCAUUUUACUGUAUUAAUCUCUGAGCAGACAAUGACCAAACAAUCAAGGGCUGUAAGCCCAGAGUGCAAGUAGCUAUAGGUCUGCCCACUGCCUGUCUAUUUGGAGCACAUUGUGUGUACUCUGUUAUGCUUAGUACUGUAUUGCAAUAAACAAAGAUUAUUCUUUUUUAAUGAAA